UGAAACAUAUGUUUUUUAUUGCACAUUUGUUGUUUUUCCACAUGUUUGCCGCUUUCUUAUUGAAUUUGCUGUUAAAAGUUUUUAUUAAUUAAAACUAAAGUUUCAAAAUGCAGACAAUUCGCGAAUUCACGCGAAAAACAAAGCGUGGCAAUAUCUUGAAGAUCGUGCGUGAGCAUUAUCUUCGCGAUGAUUUAGGUUGUGGCGCCCAGAUAUGUGAAAAUUGUGUGCAGGAUGAAACAUCGGUAGCCUUGCUGCCAGAGCGCGAGAUGAAAAGCACAUUAUUUCCCUUUCCACACUAUAUAGUCUUGGAUACAAAUGUAGUGCUUAACCAAAUCGACGUACUAGAAGAAGAUGCAAUAUCCAAUGUGAUUGUACUCUCGACAGUCCUGAGUGAAGUAAAGCAUAAUAGUAGUGCAGUUUAUAAGCGCUUUCGUGAGGUGGUGCAGCAUAAGCCGCGCGGUUUUUAUGUGUUUGUGAAUGAGCAUCACAAGGAUACAUACGUGGAACGUGAGCCCGGCGAGAGUGCAAAUGAUCGUAACGAUCGUGCUAUUAGGAAAGCUACACUGUGGUAUGACCAGCAUAUAGGAGAAGCGCAAAAUAAUCGCUCAUUCCAAAAGUCAGGACGGUUGCGCACUAGAGUUGUUAUGCUCACAGAUGAUGUUGGCAAUAGGGAGCGUGCUGAAAAGGAUGGCAUAUUGGUAGCGAACGCGGAGGAGUAUGUAAAAUCAUUAACUGAUUUUCCAAUGUUAAUUGAUAAAUAUGCGCGCAAGAGUUUUGAAAGUGAUAAAAAGUCAUUGCCUAUAUUCCCGACACACUUAAGUGUUAACGAAAUACAUGAAGGGAUUAAAGCGAAAAAGCUUUUGCAGGGCUCGUUUCAGGCAUCACGUGAAAAUUACUUGGAGGGUGCAGUAUCCGUCGAAGGUUAUGAACAUCCGGUACUCAUACAAGGUCGUGAAGCACUUAAUCGUGCUGUUGACGGAGAUAUUGUGGCGAUCGAGCUUCUACCACAAGAGGAGUGGACAGCACCAAGUGAAAUUGUUUUAGAAGAGGGCGUCGAUGAAGAUCCCGGUGAUAAUGUGGAACGCACUGAGAAAGAACAAGCCGUCUUCGAGAAGAACCUCACAAAAUCUGAUGAAAUCAGACCUACCGGGAAAGUAGUUGGUAUUAUACGUCGCAAAUGGCGUCAAUAUUGUGGUAUUUUACAACCAAGUCUGCUCGAGAACGCGUCACGUCAUUUAUUCGUACCGGCUGAUCGUAAAAUUCCACGUAUACGUAUAGAAACACGUCAGGCGGAACAACUACAAAAUAAGCGCAUAAUUGUAGCUAUCGAUUCUUGGCCACGCAAUUCACGCUAUCCUCAUGGUCACUUUGUGCGCAGUCUUGGUCCGUUAGGUGAUAUGAAUACCGAAAAUGAAGUGAUCUUGCUGGAACACGAUGUGCCGCACAGCAAGUUCUCUGAGGAAGUAUUGAGUUUCCUACCAAAACUGCCUUGGAUAAUUACGGACGAAGACUAUGCAAAACGUGUCGAUUUACGCGACUUGUAUAUUUGCUCUGUGGAUCCGCCAGGCUGCACAGAUAUUGAUGAUGCGCUUCAUUGUCGUGAACUACCGAAUGGGCGUUUAGAAGUGGGUGUACAUAUCGCUGAUGUAAGUCACUUUAUACGGCCGGGCAACGCUUUGGACAAGGAGGCAGCAGCACGUGGUACCACUGUUUAUUUGGUAGGCAAACGUAUUGACAUGGUGCCGGAACUUUUGAGUUCCAAUUUAUGUUCGCUAGUAGGUGGCGUGGAACGUUUUGCAUUCUCCUGUAUCUGGGAACUGGAUAAUGAGGCGAAUGUUUUAGCAAAACGCUUUCACAAGAGUGUAAUCAAAUCAAAGGCGGCAAUGACAUACGAACAAGCACAAAUCAUUAUUGAUGACGCCACACAGCAAACAGAAAUCGCUAAAUCGCUGCGACAUCUCAAUAGAUUAGCGAAGAUAUUAAAGAAACGGCGUAUGGAUAAUGGCGCCUUAGUGUUAGCCUCGCCUGAGAUCCGUUUCCAGGUGGAUAGCGAAACGCACGAACCACUCGAAGUGGAAGCGAAACAAGUGCGUGAAACCAAUUCCAUGGUUGAAGAGUUCAUGUUGCUGGCUAAUUGUACCGUGGCCGAGCAUAUUUGCGCAGAAUUCCCCGAAUGCGCUAUGUUACGUCGACAUCCGCGUCCUGCGCCCAGCAAUUUUGAGCCCCUUAUUAAAGCUGCGAGCCAUCAAGGUUAUGAAAUUAAAACCGAUACUGGUUUAGAGUUGGCCAGCUCAUUAGAUGCUUGUGUGAAACCGGACAAUGCAUACUUUAAUACGAUGAUACGCAUUCUGACAACUCGUUGCAUGAUGCAGGCAGUGUACUUUAUCAGUGGCACGCUGCAGCCGGAAGAAUUCUUCCAUUACGGUUUGGCAUCACCGAUAUAUACGCAUUUCACUUCGCCCAUUCGUAGAUACUCGGAUAUCAUUGUGCAUCGCCUAUUAGCUGCUUCCAUUGGCUCGGAUAGCACAUACGCCGAUUUGCUGGAUAAGAAGCUGAAUGAAGAGUUAUGUCAUAAUCUAAAUUAUCGCCACAAGAUGGCACAAUAUGCGGGACGUGCAUCUGUGGCGCUGAAUACGCAUUUGUUCUUCCGUGGCAAAACACAGGACGAAGAAGGCUAUGUGUUGUUUGUACGUAAGAAUGCCUUGCAAGUGCUCAUUCCUAAAUUUGGUUUGGAGGGUACCGUAUACCUAAACCCCUUAUCCGGCGACAAAAAGCCGACUACAGGCGACGUAAUAUUUAAAUUUAACGAAGAGGACUAUACACAACGUUGCGGUGAUGUCGUUUUCCAUGCGUUUGAUCCAGUGACUGUACGUUUGAGCUUAGACUCGCGCAAUGUCCAACAUGAAAAACUCGUAUUUCAAUUGGUUAAACCAUAUAUCAAGGGCUUCAGCGUUGACUUAACUACAGAGCAGAGUGGCGAUGUGGAAAUGCUGGACGCAGCGGUGUCAAAUGUAGCAGAUGGCGUUCCGCCACAAAAGAAGAGCAAAAAGUCACAAAAGAAAAAGAAAUAAUUAUUUGUAGUGUUGCAUAAAGUAAAACCCUCUUUUUUUACUAAUAAAGAAAAAACGCACUGAUAUUACUAGGUAUUAUGUUUGCGUUGUAAUCAAAUUAA